GUGCGGGCAGAGCUUCCAUCCAAGUUGGCGAAGGCUAAGAUGAUGCAGAAGACCCCGCCGCUUGCGAUCGAUAAAGACAGCAAGGCUAAUGACCUCACUGGCUACAAGGCUGGUGUUUGGGAUCCUUCUGAGUGCGUGGCUUCACUGCAAACCACUGGAUUGUAUGAAGCCAGUGGCCUAUCGCUCUGGCUGCGCACCGGGGCCUUGGACGCAGUGGCCAAUCCUGACGACGACAUCAACUGGGGCAACCUUCUCAGUUUCGAGGAGAACUUCUUCAGCAAAAAUGUGGUCUUCAAGGCCGCAGUCUCCCGUACGAGCGGUGCCAAGAAGCAGAAAACAUCUCGGAAAAGGCUGCUCUGGCCAUGCGUGAUGGUUUGCACAGUCGAGAGCAUCAAGGAUGCCACUGCCUACGAGCACUUUGACUCAUCCUUGCGCUUGGCCGGAGGCAAUUUUGUGCUCUGGGCAUGGUAUGUGGCCUUAUUCAGGGCUCUCCGAGCACAGGACAAGGAGAUGCUGGAGAUGCUGUGGGAAUGCGGAUGCUGCGUGACUUUGCAGCUGCGGCUUUGCGAAGAUGAGUCGAAGGCCUGCUUGGCAAGGAACCAAGCUUCAGAACAUCUGAAAGUGCUUGGCAGUCCUGCUCUGUCGGACACGUUCCUCACGUUCGCUCGCAUGGUCGCUGUCUUCCGCCUCGAGAAGCAAGAGGAAGGCGACAAUUUGAACUUGCGGUAUGGCAAUGCUCCCUACAAUGCGUCCAUUCACAAGGCAGCAGUGGCUCUUCGUCCAUUUCUGGGGCACGGGGGUUUUCAGAAAGCUGCUCUCCAGCUAGACCUGGCGUAUGGGAGAGAUGUGCUCAGCACGCAGUACAGCAAACUUCAUCGACUCGUCAGUGAAGCCAACAAGGCAGCGAAUGCAAGCAGAAGUGCUCAGGAUCUUGCUUCAUGGAUGAUUCGGAUGCUAACCUUGUCAUUUCGGACAAGGAUUAUUUCGCCUUCAAAGGCGACUGAGCAAUGGCUGUGCCAGAACCGGAGCACCGGGGCCCAGGGAUUUUGGGCUGCUAGCCUGGUGUGUUUGGAGGCAUGGGUCGUGGACCAUGCGAGGAAGCUGUCUGCGAAGCUGCCAGAAGCAGAGAAAGCCAAGUUGGACACGGUCCUUGACGAGCUCAGUGUAAAGGAGAAGUUCAACAAGGCCACCGGCUCAAUGCUGGAUUUGCUGCUGCAGGUGAUGUCCGGGAAGUUUCUUCAAGAGUGCCGCAGUUUGGCCACAGCAAAUGUAGGGUUUGCACAGGCUCUUGCAGUGGCUGCAGAUGGUCAGGCAGAGAGGAAGAAGUUCGUUUCUUUUUCAGUUCCAGCAGCUUGGACAAAGGAUGCCAUCCUUGCAGCCUUCCGUGGCUCGGGGAAGGUGUACAGUCACAAAGGCAGCCUGAACAGCGCGCAUCGGCUCAUCUGCGCUGCAGCCGAUCUUGUCAACGAAGACAACGCAGAGCCCUGGAGCACUGCCUGCGCACCCACAAAGACCAUGUGGGAGGCGGUUUCCGGCUUCUGUAGCGGAGUCAGCGGGUCGGAAGACUUCAUCAUGAUCUUUGACGGUCGCAUGCGUGAGGAGAACCACUGGGAGAAGGUCCAGCACGCUGAGGAAGCCACGAUCAUUUACUCGGGAGGUUGUCCUCCCAGGGCUGGUCGCACACGCCGUGUGCCUUGCGGUGCCAGGAAGUUGGAGUCCAUCACCAUCCGCUUCCCGGUUCAGAGGGCCAAGAUUCGCGCUGAGAAGAAAGAAGCCUUUACUGCAUGCGGUGAGGCAUCGACCUACCAGGGCACCUACUCCGGUGUCAGCUUUCGCCCCACGGCAGAGAUUCCUUUGAUCUCAAAGGAUGAGAAGGCAAAGGUCCUGGAGCUGCAGCAGGCCGUUCCAGAUGCACCUGAGCUCUGGCAGGAUGUGCAUGGUAGCGACGUCCCGCUCUUCUGGCAGGAGUCAAAGCCCAUUGCUUUUUACACGGCCGUGCUGAGGGAGUACAAGAUCCAGGCUGUCUUCGACGUCACCGCGGGCACUGGUGCCUUGAUGGAGGCUUGCCUGGGAGCAGGUCUCAACCGCGAUCACAUGUCCUGGGUACAAGCAGUUGCCGACAGGGCUGCUUGUGGCCUCAUCGCAGUUGAAGGGUCAACCCUCUUCUCCGAGGAGGGUGCCAAAGGUGUGCGCAAACACUUCAAGAACAUCUUGGAGUCCCUGGUCCCCACGGGACAGGAUGAUCAGGAGGAGGAGCUUGAGCCAGCCAGUCCGAGUCAGGGGUAG